AUGGGAGCAUCGGAAUGGCUUCGUAUGAAGCUCUAUAUGGCAGAAAAUGUCAGUCUCCACUAUGUUCGUAUGAACUGGAGAAAGAAGCGAAAGCCUUUGGAGUUUGAAGAAGGAGAGCAUGUUUUUCUAAAGGUUACACCAACUACUGGAGUGGGAAGAGAUAUUAAGACUAAGAAACUGAAUCCCCGUUAUAUUGGACCAUUUGAGAUCCUGAAGAGAAUUGGACCAGUGGCUUAUAGAAUCGCCUUACUACCGUAUCUUUCGAACUUACAUGACGUGUUUCAUGUAGCACAGCUUCGGAAGUAUACUCCUAACGUAAGUCAUGUUCUAGAACUAGAACCAAUUCAAAUAAAAGAAGAUCUAACACUUCCAGUAGUUCCGGUGAGAAUUGAUGACACUAGUGUUAAACAAUUAUGUGGGAAGGAAGUAUCAUUGGUAAAAGUAGCUUGGAGUUGA